AUGAUCAUCUCGAAGCAGAACCGCCGCCUCAUUUACGAGCAGCUCUUCAAGGAGGGUGUCAUGGUCGCGCCCAAGGAGUUUAACCGCCCCUCGCACCCCGACCUCACCACCGUCCCCAACCUCGAGGUCAUCAAGGCCAUGCAGUCCCUCACCUCGAAGGGCUACGUCAAGACCCAGUUCUCGUGGCAGUGGUACUACUACACCCUCACCGACGAGGGCCUUGCCUACCUCCGCGAGUGGCUCCACCUCCCCGCCGAGAUUGUCCCCAUCACCCACACCAAGCCCGCUCGCCCCGCUGGCCGCCCUGCCGGUUACGGCGCCGGCCGUGAGGGUGGUGCCUACCGCCCCCGUGGUGGUGACCGUGAGGGCUACCGCCGCCGCGACGACGGUGACAACAAGGAGGGUGGCGAGUACCGCCCCCGCUUCGGCGGUGUUGGCCGUGGCCAGGGUGCUCCCGCUUCGUAA